AUGGAAGAAACUACAAUCUAUUUUUAUCACAAACCUACAGAAAAAGCAAAACCAGAAGACCUUUAUUUAGGGAAUUUUUAUCCUUCUCCUAUGACAGUCCAUGGUAUAUCUUACCCUACAGUUGAGCAUUAUUACCAUUCUCAAAAAUUUAGUGACCCUGAAAUAAUUGAGAGAAUCCGCUCAGCUCCAACCCCUAAAAUGGCUGAACGAAUUGCAUCUGAAUAUGAAUGGAAUACGGAAGAAUGGGAAGAGAUUAAAGAAAAUGUCAUGAGAUUUGGGAUUUUUUCGAAAUUCAAGCAGAAUCCAGAACUUAAAGAAAAACUUUUAGCAACAGGGACUGCUAAGCUAGUUGAAGACAAUCAUAAAGACGCUUUUUGGGGAGGGUCAAUAGAAGGAAGUGAAAACAAAAUGGGGAAAUUAUUAAUGGAUCUUAGAGAGCAAUUGAAAAAAGCUGCUGAAGAUUUACAAUAA